GAUUAUUAGGCUUAUUCUCUUGAAAUUGUUUCUUUCAUUUUUAGAAUCAGAAUCUUAUUGUUAUGACUCAUUUCACUCUUCUCAAACUCUGAUUACCUUUGAUUUAGAUUUUUAAAUUAAACUCCAUCUAAGGAUUAUCUUCUAACGCCUUGGGCCUACCUGGCCAAUUAAUAUAAUAAUCAACCAUGGGAGUAUCCAUUCCAGUAUUAGUGUUAUUCUGUUCCACAUUUUUGGGCUAUGGAUUACCAAUGUUUGUUUCUGCUAAAAUACCCCGAUUCGAAGGAUUAAAGAUUACUGAAGGAUUUCAUGCAAUCGUUCGUGAAAAUGACCGGACUGUUAUAAUAUCACCAAGGAUUAAAGUCGUCGAUGGCGGUGAAAUAUGUGACAUUGAAGUUCUCAAUAAACAUCAUGGAGAAGUUCCUUUCGAAGUGAAAAUAACCGAUCGUUUAAGUGGUGAAGCUAUUUUGGAAGCACGAAGAGAGUUAAAUUGUGAGAAACGUCGAGCUUACAAGUUUAACAUUCGAGCUGUUUCAUGUAAUGGAGCUCAUUCUGACAAUGCCACUGUUUACCUUACGGUAGAAGAUGUUAAUGAAUAUUCACCAAUUUUCCGACAAGAAUCAUACACCGUUACGAUACCUGAAGGACGUUUAAUUGACCCAAUUGUUCAAGUUGAAGCUUCUGACCACGAUUGUUCAUCUCGAUACAGUGAAAUCUGUAAAUAUGAAAUAAUUGGCGGUGAUAAAGUGGCCUCACCCUUUGACAUUGAUUCUAAUGGUAACAUUAAAAAUACCCGACCACUUUCAUGGAAAGAAUCACAUAAUUACAUUCUAGAAGUAGUUGCCUACGAUUGUGGCAUGAAACGCUCAAAAUCAGCAUUGGUUAACAUUAAAGUUAACAAAGUUUGUCAACUUGGUUGGAAAGAAAUUCAUGAAAGAAUUGAAUAUAUUCCUACUUCUGGUCAAAAGAUUUUGUUCCCUGAAGCUGAACUUCAAUUAUGUGAUGUGCCAUGUGAUGUUCAGGAUGUUUCAGUUCAACUUGCAUUAUCUACAUCACACAUUGGAAAAGGAUGCGAUCGAGAUACUUACUCAAUUGAAUCACAACGUAAACUUUGUGGAUCUAAUGUGGCCAGUGUUGACCUUUUACCUUCACCAGGUAUUGGAGCUGAGUGGACACGUUAUUUACCAACCGAUGAAGGUCAUGAAAGUGACCAAAUAUUUGAGUUUGAUGGAGCAUCGGUUGCAGCCAUGGUUCCUGAUUCUGUUGUCGACCAUAAUCUUACCAACAAAUUUUCAAUCUCAUUCUGGAUGAAACAUGAACCUCCUGCUGAUCACACCAACAAACACAUCAAGGAACAUAUUAUCUGUAAUGCCGAUGAUCACAAAAAAAAUCGACACCAUUAUGCUUUGUUUGUAAGAAACUGUCGACUUAUUUUGCUACUUCGACGUGAAUUCAAUCAGGAAAAGCGAACCAUUUUCCGACCUGCCGAAUGGCGCUGGAAACUUGCCGAAACUUGUGACAAUAAGUGGCAUCAUUACUCUGUCUCUGUUAACUUUCCCGAUGUCAAUUUGUACCUUGAUGGACAGUUGUACAAAAAUACAUCUACUAACCCAGAAAUCGUCGACGAUUGGCCAUUACAUGCAAUGAAGGGUGUUAAUACCUCACUGACCGUCGGUGCUUGUUGGGAAGGCAAGGCCAAUAAAUUAAAUUUCCAUUUCCGUGGUUUUCUCGCUGGACUCAGUAUCUUACGAGGUGGAAAUGAAUCACCUGAUGUAUUGAAUUGUCUCCAUAGGUGUAAGGAAGGUCUUGAAAUGCCACCUUCCGACUCUCUCGAUUCGGGAACUGAUGUUUCAAUCAACACUCGAGGAACUGAGAUUCUUAUUGAAGGCAAAGAUGCCAUCGAUGUCGAAGACAUGAUCUCUCAAAUUUCCUACAUCAACACUCGAGAAUAUCCAACACCAGGAAGACGAAGUCUCCAUUUAUCUACUUCUAUCAGAUGUUCAAAUGGUAAAACUUUGAAAGUUCCAAGCGUCGAUUCCUAUAUCAUGGUUUUACCUCCGGAACAACCAAGCAUCAGUUUGAAUGGGACACCAAACUUGGCACGAGAAUACGAGGCAUUUGUCCAAGGAAUUGAACUUUUCUCAACUGUUUCCAUUCUGGUUAAUCAUGAAGUUGAAAGUGAAGAUGAUGAAGAUAACAAUGUUAACCCGGAUGAUAUUGGUGAUCUGUCUUCUGAAGACUCAUCUUCAAAAUCAGUUAAAGAAGUUGGUAAACUUGCCAAUGUUCAUAAACUGGAUACCUGUUCAAUUCAAGUUUAUCCACCAUUGAAUCCUGAUCAUGAAUAUUUCCGACUUCCAACAAACUUUAUGACCCAUCUUGGAGUACGAUUCACUGAGACCAAGGAUGGUAUUGUUAUUAACGGAGCUGAUACAGUUCACAAUUACCAAACAAUACUACGCGAGAUCGUUUACUUCAAUCAUAAGCCGGCCUACUAUUUGAAUCGUGCCUUCAAACUGACCUGUUCCGAGUUGAAUGGACGUUUUAUCUCAAAUGAUUACUUUCAAACAUUAACAGUAAUCCAUCCGAAAGUUGAUCCAUCAAACUUGACCGGAUCAAUCGCCAACCAGCAAGGUAGCAUUUCAUCAUCAACCUCAUCCUCUGGUAAAAAUGUUCAAGGAAACACCGUUAAUAACCACAAUAAUAAUUACAAUAUUAACUCAGAUGGAUUAUCAAUAAGGCACAACGGUAACUCUGGUAGUAAUAAUAAUAACGAGAAAAACAACAAUUUAGUUAACGAUGGACAUGGACGUGAUGAUAGAAUCGGUAUAAUCGCCUCUCAUGCUCAGAUACACCAGCAACAGGUUGAAUUGAAAGAUUCAAAGCUGAAGUCAAAUGUUUUCCGUGAUUCCCUUGAAUCGAGUGAAUCUUUUGCCCGAACCUCAGCAAUGAAAUCAUCUCGUCUGUCGCCUAUUGUUGUAGGUCACGCAGUUACCGUUAUUAUUGUCGUUUGCGUUGGUUUCUUGGUCUUUAUGAUUGUCCUUGGAGUGAUUCGCAUUCGAGCUGCUCAUCAUCGGUCCAACGAAUCUCGAGAUGAGGAACAAGAAAUGGCCUGGGAUGAUACCUCACUGACGAUUACCGUUAAUCCAUUAGACCAAAUUGAACAAGAACAGGAAAACUUACCUAUCCAAGAAGAUGAUGAUGAUUCUGAUAGUUCAGAUGAUGGAAGCAGUUAUCGAGAUGAUGGUGAAAGUUCAGAGGACGAAGUUGAAAAAACAAAGGCUCGUCGUGAAUUGGAAUGGGAUGAUUCAACACUUACCUUUUAGAUCUCACCUGAUAGGAAUUCGUUAAUUUACAUUUUGCUCUCUUUCCCACUCUCUCACGUCUACUUCUCGUCUUAUACACAUAACUACUACAACCACCACCAUCACCACUACUACUACUUUAACCUUCUCUUGAUCCAACACCACUCUAUCAUCAUAUUCGGUUCCUGAUCUCCUUCCUCUCCUUCUAACCUAAGCUGCUACAUCUUUUCAUUUUGUACUUCUCUCAAUGAGAAAGAUACGAAAUAUGCUUUUUCUUUUUCUUAUUUUUCUUAUUAUUUCUCUUUUACCGUUAUGAUUAUCUUCUUUUUUCUCUCUUCAUAUUGUCUUUUUGUCUCAUCAUUUUUCCUCUUUUGUGUCAACGCAAAACCUGAAAUCUUUGUGUUCCCUUUGUUUCCAACCUGUCAUGCUCAUUUUCUUUCUUUUUCACUUCAUCAUCUCUCUUUCUCUUUCUCUCUCUCUUCAACUCCUAGACUCUUCUUGAGAAGAUGAUGAGCAUGAGGAUAAUAAUUCUGAUGAUUCUGAUUGUAUUCAAUUUCAAUUGUUCUCUCAGGUCAAUCUUGUUAACUGACAAUGAGGUGAUAACGAUGUCGAGAGGUUCAACAGCAAAGCAAAGAGAGAGGCCAUCAAAUCAUUUUCUUCAUCAUCUUCCUUGUCAUCCCACUGACCAUCAUUCUCAUCAUGUCUAUCUCUCUUUCUUUUCUCCCUUUCUUGUUCUCUAUCCUUAUUUUCACAAUUAUUUCAACAUUAAUUUUUUUUUCUCGGAUGAUAAGAUUUUCCUCUUCAUCAUUACUGUACCUCUCUAGUCUCUCACAUACAACUUUACCUUUAGUGCCAAUUUACACUCACAUGGAAAUCAACAAACUCACACCCGAUAAACUAAAAUGACAAAACUUUCUAGUGGUCAUGAUAAUAGAGUCAUUUGAUAUCUCACCUGAGCAGAAAACCAAUGACAACUUAGAAAUUGAGUUUCUUUAACUUUGUUAUAUCUUUUUGCUUAUUUUUUAUCAUCCCCAUCCUUCAACUCCCACUCUCCUCCUCAUCACUUUUCAAGAUAAACCCCUUCUUCCUGCUUAUCAUCAUCAUCACCUUUACAGUUUGCGCAAAUACGUUUUGUAUCAAAGUUUUGAAGGAGAGAGCGAGAGAGAGAGAAUGAGUGAGAGAGGCGUCAUUCCUGGUGAUGGGUAAAGAUGAAGGUGGGAAAAAGGUGAAAGCAAAGAAUCACAGGAAAAAUAAUAUAUUAAUAGUAUUAUAUAUUGAAUUAUAUUUGAUAUAUAUAAUAUAUUUUCAGAUGCGAGUUGAUUUUGUUGAGUGAUUUGUUGUUCAUAAGUUGCCAACCUUUUUUUUUUCAGUUGCCAUUCAUUUUUUAACUUUGACAACCUUUCAAAAUCUAAUCUCACCUAAUCCAAUUUACAGGUAUGUUUCCAAUCUCACUGACUUUACCUUUUAUAUUCAUCCUUAUGAUGAUUAUCUCACAGCAAUGAUGAUAAAAUGAGAUGAAGAUAUGUACUUGUGAGGUGUGUAUCCUGUCAGAGAUAUUUAAUCAAAGUGGAAAAACAAAUACCCACCCACUAUUCCUAUGUAAUAUACAUCUUAUCAAUCUGGCUUUUCUUUACACAGUUAAUUGUUUCCUCUCUUGAUUUACUAUUAUGAUUAUCGUUUAGCUUUUUUCCUUUUUUUUAUUGUUUGAAAAGAGUAACAAACAAACAAGCAAAUAAAAAAACAAUGAUGAGAUGGUUUGAAUUUGUAAUAUCAUAAGUAUAUUAUGUAUUCAAAUUGAUUCAAUUUCAUCCCUUUGUACACCCACAUCACCUCCUCUCAUCCUGUUUCCAUCCUCAAUCAACUGAACAUUAGAUAACUGUAAUAACUGUAAUGAUGAUGAAGGAGCAGAAAAAAACAUGAAAAAUGUUUUCUUUCAUUUUUAAAUCUGAUUUUUCCCUGGAAAAUGAUAUAGUUGAACCAUCACUUGAACUUUUCCAAUGUCUAUCAACUAUGGACUUCACUUGUGUUGAGCUUAUAUUACAUUGUUCAAAUUAUAGACUUGUAAUCAUUCAUUUAAUGCUCUACAUUUUUGAUUCAUCUUCAUCUUUUUCUCUUCUUUGUUUUAUCAUCUUCUCUCUCUCUCUCUCCUUUUACUCGAUUCUCUACAAUAGGCAAACUCGAAUCAUUUUACCUUUUCAAUCUUCGACUUGUCAUUCUUACCUUUUUCUUCUCAAUUCGCACAUUUUUCUUCUUUCCUCAUCAUCCUUCUCAUCUUCGCUCUCUCUCCCUGUUCCACCCUUUUCCUAAUGAGAAUAAGAUUGUUCUUGUUCUUCCUCCUUAUUUUUAUUCGUUUUUUUUUGUUUUCUUCUCUUCUUCUUCUCUUAUAAACACAAAUAUCACUGUUAAUUAAGAGAAGAGUCAAUGAUUAAGAUUUAAAACUACCAUUUGAAUUAAUUUACUAUUUAACCUCCUUUUCCAUGUAAUAAUCUCCAUCUUCUCAUUUCUCUUUUUCUCUCUGUUAAAUUUUUCUUUUUCAACAGUAACUAACUUAAUUCCCAAAUCUUUAUCUAUUUAACAUCAUCAUCAUUGCCAUUAUUAUGUCAAUGUAUCAAUAUAAUAUCAGCAUCAUCUUAAAUCCGCCUCUUGACUUGCUCCUUAAUCUUUUGGUUAACCUUUCAUCUUAUAUGAAACCCACCCCGCUGCCUCAUCUUUGCAUCAUCAUCAUCAUCAUCAUCUCUCUCUCUCUCUCUCUCUCUCUCUCUCUCUCUCUCUCUCUCUCUGAUUUCACUUUCCAUUUCAUUGACAUUUCUCAUUAUAUUUUUUGAUGAUGAAGAUGAUGAUAAUAAGAAGAGAUGAAGAUAGAAGUCAAUCUAUUCUAAUUUUCUUUACAUUGAAUUAGAUGAGAAGUAGAAGAAGAAAAAAAUUAGUGUAACAUCAACACUUAACAAUUUAACUUGAAAAUUCAUUUUCUUUUGCUUUACUUUCGCUCCACUAACAAUCAUUGUGAUUAUUAUUGUUAUAUUAUUAACAGAAUUAAUAAUAAUAAUAAUAAUGAAAAUCAUGUUAUCAUUACAAUGGGAACAUUAAUCUUGAUGACAGAAUUUUUCUGCUCCCAGACUGAAAUGAAAAGAUUUCAAUUCUGUUGAAAAACUUUCUCCACCAAAUUUUCCCUUCCAUUUACCUGAGCUAUUAUUUACCUGAAUUAUUUACCAACCUAUGACCUUUGUUAUCGUAAAUUAAUUCAAUGUUUUUUUUGUUCACCUUUGCUUAUUAUCCCAUUUGAUUCCCUUGAUUCAUCUUAUUGUUUUUUUUACUCUUUUUCAUCUUCCUUGUUUAUCUUGAACAUUUCUCGCAAGAAUUGAAUUUCUUUAUAAUUGUAAUAAUGUUUAUCAUGAUUCUGAUUCUGAUGAUGUUGAUAAUAUCGAUUCACUGAACUCAUAUUAUAGUCUAAUCAUCCUCUUCAUUUGUUAUAAUUGGUUUUGUUUGUUGUUUUCUCUCCUCAUUUGAUCAACUCGAUUGUUCAAUUUUUGGAUAUUUUUUCGUUGUCAUUGCUGCCAUGUUUAUCUUUGGUGUAAUGUGAUGUGUAAGGUAAAUGAUGAAGAGAUGAUGAUGAAUCUUAUUGAUCAAUUAUUCAACUUUCUGAUGGCCUCUCAACUCUAAUUACUAUUAGUUGAUCAUCUUCAUCGACCUCUAUCUAUCUCCUUUAUUGUCAGUCCAACUUUUUCAUAAUAAUUUGUAUUCUCAUUUAUAUUAUUUGAUUUUUUCGACGAUUUUUUUUUGUCAAAUCUCUUUCUGUUCUCGCAGCUAAGAUUACCCUCUCCCUUAACUACUCUUCCUCUCCCACCGUGAAUCAAAUACCUUUAUUUUUCAUUCCAUUAAAUCUCAUCUUCAUCCCUUUUCCAUGAUAACCAUCAUCUCACCCUCUCAACGGAAACAACAACAAGUUAAUGAUGAUGAUGCUGCUCUUUUACCAUAAAGAAACAGGACCAAAACAAAAGGAUUAAUCCUCCGAAGUAAAUUGAUCAAUAACAAUUGUUGGAGUGAAAACCAUUAGCUGAUGAUGUUAAAUGAUCACAGGAGGAAAUUAAUCUCAAUGGAAGAAUCAAAAUCAAACCAUAAACAUUAACCAAUAGCAAUUAAAAAAAAUAACAAGACGACACUAAAUGAAAGAGGGAUCUCGCAAAGGAUAGAUUGCAAUUCUGUAAACUUACCUUAUAAUUCAACAUAUCUUCACAGCAUUUUCACUGACAAAACAUUUUUCUGCUUCUUCCUCAUCUUCAUUUUCAUCCUUCAACACCACCCACUAAACACCAUCUCCAUCUUCCUCUGUACCUUUGUAAUUAUAUGUGAACGGGUGUUCCAGUCAAAAAUGUCUUAAACUAUCAUGAUAAACAUCAGUGUCAUAAACAUAAGCUUGUGUUACUUAACACUCAUCUUAUAAAACUAAUUAUUGUAAACUCGCCCACUCCCAACCUCCAAUUUCCUCCUUUAUUUCAUCUUCCUCUUCCUCUCUUUUCAUAUAACACUUUCCUUGCUUUGUCCUUAACUUGCUAUUCUAGUGAUAUUUACAAAGGACAAGACAAAUUGAUACUAAUCAGUAAUUGUUACAAUUGAAUGUUAAGUAACACAGGAAAAAAUCUCGUAGUUAUGUAAUCAUCAUGUAAUCAUCAUCAUCAUCAUCAUCAUGAUCUUCUUGCCUUGACUUUAUCAGAACAUGCGUUCAACUCUGUGGCUCAAUUUCAUCUACAAAAGAAAUGAAUCUAAACAGGAUGAAAAGGAGAAGAAGAAGAAAAAAAUUCUGUGAUUCUUAUUGUCACACAUAGGAAACAAUUACGAUGCCAACAGUUUCUUUUUGCUGGUUUUUUUUGGUGAUAUUUCUUGUUAUUGAUUAUCAGCAUCUUCUACAUUACCACCUUAAUCCACCACAACAAUUUGAUAUCAAAUCUCUUGUUAAUGUCUUUGAAAAUCAAUCUUAAUCAUUCAUGGAAACAGUAACAACUCUGAAGAAAAAAUGAAGACAGUUAUCGAAAAAUUCUGGUUCCAUUCAGAGUUAUCGUAUUUCUCUGAACCUGCGUCAGAAUUAUUUUCUCUUGUCAUGAUCUAUUUCUAUCUCUUUUUCUCUCUCUCUCUUUUCUCUUUCUUUUUGUACAAAGAGUAAGAAAAAAUCAUGAUAAAAUUCUGGGUUAUUCACAUGAAUGAUUGAGAAUGAAUAGAAAACCAGAAAACCGAAAUAAUGAAUUUACCAGAAUUUGAUUUUCUCCUGAUUUUCACCGAAUCGUUUAUAUCAAUUGAAAAGCCAAGAGUUUUUUGUUAUAUAAUCAAAUCUUAAUGUUUGAUAAUAUCAACCAAUUUUUAAUUGUAAUGAAAAAUAAGCCUGUCACUCACCAACCACCAAAUCAAAGCCUGAUAAAUUGUUUUUUGAUACAAUCUGCCAACUAAUUGUUUACAACAAAACAUUAACAAUCAAAUUCAGGCUGAGAAUCAGGCCCCGCAUGUUCAGAUAAAUUGUCAACUCGCAAGAAUCAACAAUCUAACCAUUUAAUUGUUGAACAAAAUCCAUGAUGAUGAUUAAAAUGAUCGUAUACAAAUUGUAACAAUCAAACAAAACUGAUUGUAAAUCCCUUUCAACACUUAAAUCUUUACUUAAUCAACUAAUCAACCAAAAAAAAAUAACAAUUAUUAUUAUCAUUA